GUGGUGACGGGGCAGGGGAGGGUGGUGGUGUCGGGGCAGGGCGAGGAGGGAGGGAGAGAGGCUGGCUCUGGCUGGCUGGUGGCGGUGGCGGGGUUGCGUGAGUCGUGGUCCAACCAGCCAGUAGGCAACAUGGCUCAGUGACGCUCUCCCUACCUUCCUCCACCUCACGCCCGCGCUAACCUUUCCUCCGCCACCCUAGCUAGUGUUUAGUGUCUCCCGCGCGAGUGUGUGCCCCCCGGAGUGUGUACAGUGUCCUCACAGCACCCACGACCCCGCACUCAUCCCCAGGGUGAGAAGCCGCCGCUGUAGCUCACCUCCCCCACCGCCACUACGAUGCAGGUGGAAAAGCUUGUCUCGAAGGCUUCAAACAGGAGAAUCUGCGGGGACAACCUUGACAGUCUUCGGUCCAGUAUGUGGGACAGUUAUACGAAGACGGCCAGAAACGGAGCGUCGACACGGAUGUUGUCGCCCUCCAUCUCGCCGGCCACGUCCCCGACCCUCACCCACAGCGGUUCGCCCACGCCGCCCCUCUACUCCUCGCAACACAAAAUAUCCGGCAUCCCCACCGUCGCCGCCGCCUCCAGAUUCACAGCGCCCGUACACAUCGACGUCGGCGGCUCAAUCUACACGUCCUCGCUGGAGACACUGACGAGGUACCCGGAGAGCAGACUGGCGCGGCUCUUCAACGGCUCCAUCCCCAUCGUGCUGGACUCCCUCAAACAACACUACUUCAUCGACCGGGACGGCAAAAUGUUCCGCCACAUUCUCAACUACAUGCGGCACGGGAGGAUGCUGCUCCCGGACGAUUUCUCGGACCACGAUCUGCUGCUUGAGGAGGCCAGAUACUUCGAGAUUGACGGGCUGGUGAAGCAGGUGGAGGAGAUGAAGAAAGCUCGCCUGGACAACCGCAAGAACUCGUCCUCACACUUGUCCUCGUCCUCGUCCUUGACUCAGUCCUCGACCAACUCCUCGUCCAUCAGACAAAAGCCGCUCGCCAACGGGAUCAAGAAGGAGGACGAGGGGCACGGAUACGACGUGAUCGCCCUCAACAUCUGCCCUGACCUCGGGGAGCGCGUCAUGCUAUCCGGGGAGCGAUGCGUCAUAGAGGAGCUGUUCCCCGAGGUGGCGCAGGCAAUGAUGGACGCCAGGUCCUCGCUCGCCUGGAACCACGACCACCGCUUCAUCAUCAGGUUCCCCCUAAAUGGCUACUGCAAACUCACGUCCAUGCAAGCCAUCCAGCGGCUCCUCAACUCCUGCUUCACCCUCGUCACCAGCAACGGCGGCGGGGUGGAGGGACAGCAGUUCUCGGAGUACCUCUUCUGCAGGCGGUCCUUGCCCCUGUGAUCUGCACGGCACCGGAGCCCUCACGCCGUGGGGCCGACUCACGCAGACAAACAUACUAAAUAGGACAAACUGUAGGCUCUUCAUACGCUGACUGACGCAAGGGAAACUGAACUGCAACUAAUACGAAUUGGUGGAAGAGUGCAUAUGGGGUUUGGUUUUACGUGUGUCUGAGUGUGCGUGUGUGUGUGUGUGUGUGUGUGUGUGUGUGUGUGAUGGUAGUUUCCGGCUCCCCACCACCACAGGAGCAAAAGAUAAGGAGAAAAGAUAUAUAUGUAGCCUAUCCAUACAACGCCAUGUCCAGUUUUUGUACAAUAAUGUGCAAGUAAACGAGAUUUUUUUCCUCUCUCUCAGCUUAAGUAUUUGGACAUGGAGAUAACAAAUAACGAGCGUUAGAAGAGACAACAAAUAUGCCGACAGAUACAAUAUAUAAUCCUCAUGUCUGGUGAAGCUCAUAGGUUCGCGAGAGGGUUUGAUACAAAGAUAUAUUAAUAUAUGUUUUUAUGCCACUUUUACAGAUGAGAGAUUAGUAGUAUUCGUACAGAUUAUAAUGAUGUUUUAGUCUGAUUCUUUUACUGUUAACUGGAGUGAGGUGAACGUCGCCCGGAGGAACGGAAAGAAGAAAGGAAGGGAAUAAUAAUACGAGAGAACGAGAGAAAGAAAGACUGUAGAUGCUGGUGAGUGUGUGGAUGAUGCUGGUGAGCGUGGAUGAUGGCGUUCACCGGACGUCGUCCUGGCCGCCGGGUUCAACGUGGAUUCUUCUGUGCCAUGCUUUGUACGCACCGUCGGGGGAACAAGACAGCCUCUGCAGCCCCUCCCAGGGCCUCAGCCCACUACUCACCCCUUACUCGCCCUGUACCUUUGCUCCCACCUCUCUAUCACCACCUAUCUGAUCCACUAAAUCCUUUGAGCCCAUUAUCAGUGCAAUUUAACGAUGUAAUCUCGGUAUCGUGAGUCCCCUUUAAGGGUUAUCGUAAUCUGCCCCGUGAUCGUGUUUUUUCCUUGUGGGUUUUCUCAUCACUUUCAUCCCAAGGCUUUCUGGGAUUACCUCUGAGCGCCAACGGGGCGGGGCUGCAGGGGCGUGCCGCGAGGCUCUCGUUCGCGCCGACAGUGUUCUGCCAAGUGAAUCAGGAUAACAGCAUACUUUAAGGGAUAUUUGUAAAGAAAUGAUAUUAGCUUAGAGUUUAGGGAGGUUCAGGAGGACGGAAGGUGCCGAGUUGGGAGAGGACACGACCACGCGUUGAUAAAAUUGACAACCUAACAGAAAAACUUGCUGUGCGCAGUAAUCAUGAUCUUCGUUAAUAUGCACCUCAGUGUGCAAGUGAUCUCACAGAUAGCGGCGUCCACCCACACAGCAUUAUUAUGACCCGUGUUGUUCCUGGCGUCGCCUUGAGUGGACGGGCGUGUCGCGUCCUUGCCUGGGACGCCGCCACGCAAAGAACAAGGCGCUGAGGCCCCCCGGCCACGCCCUCCCGCCUGGCCGUGUGUCCUCCCGGCUCGGCCGACUCUCCCCCGGAAGCGAUCCCUAAAGAGAAGUUUUAUUGUGCCAUACUUAACAGGAGGCUGACCGGGUGCGGGCGGGUCGGCCAUCCACUAGUUGUUUUGUACCGUCGAAAUGAAUAUUUGCUAAGGACAGGGUGGGCCGGGGCGGGGCGGGGGCCAGGCACCCACCCACUUCCUGUAGGUGGUGUGGCCGUGAAGGCCCCCGCCCCGCCCCCCGCCCCCCCUCAGGUGGUGUUCCAGAGGGCGUCACCUUUGAUCAUUCUUCACUGUUAUCAUCGUCUCGCCAACUGGCUUAACCCGGCCACGUGUCCACCUCACCUGCCGCCGGUGACCCGUGCCCGCGGCCCUCGGGGGUCAGGGCAGGGCGCAGUACAAACAAGAGGUCAAAGUCGCCCCGUGAACUAUUGUACAUAAUGAUCAUAGUAAUAAUAAUGGUAAUACCGGUGUCGCUUUGGCUGCCAGAAACAAAGUAGGAGGCGAGACCCUCCCAUGUCUGCGUCCGUCUGCCGAGUCCCGCCUCAAGACUAACUCGCACGACCCGCCUUUAUACUCACGUUCAUCAAGAUCUCAUUUUCCUCGCGUUGCACUGGACUGACUAUACUUUCCUCGGAGAUCUUUAUUUUCACUCAUUCAGUCAACAAACUCAAGCAGUUUGAGAUUACAGUCGAUUUAGUAUAGCACAAAUUAUUACGCAAUACGCCACUUUACAGCAUUCUUUGGGACAUCACACCAAGGAGGCGUGGCGUGGGGGUCAGGACUCUCCCUCCGGCGUGUUUCCCGCAGCCCGACACAACCCAGCAUCCCCCGACACCCUGGAGCAGCCACGGUCACGCUACACCCUCGAUACACUCGCUACUGCACCCUCAGAGGACCAAAAACUAACACAGCACGCAAUAGAUUCAAUGUUCUCACUCUCAGUGGACCAAAAAUUCACACAACACACAAUAGAUUCAAUGUUUUUACUCUAAUGUUAUGGUUGAUACGUCAUUUCGAGGGAUUUGCUGAAUAUUCAGUUUCGUUCUUUUGCCGCUCACGCCAUUGCUCCGUAACGUAACCACAUUUUCAGAUCAUAGAUUCGCAGUAAAUAUAUCGCAUUCUCUCGUCACAUUGUUCAUUUGUUAUCACCACUUUCGCCUAAAUCAUUGGGUCUUAACAGGUUACGUACGGAGUUUCCCAUUGUGUCUACUGAACGUCUAGAUUAAGUCAAGGGAACGUAGGGUAGGCUUUCAGGAGUAAUAGGACAGUUUUCCACACACCAACACUCAUCAAGCCAUACGAACAGGACCUCUGGCUGGCUGCAGGGUCGCGGCGGAGAGGCAAUAACUGUUUCCUACAAUAUGUAAGUAAGACCCAGGGCCAAGCGAGCAUCCUUGUGGGGCGCCGCCGUUAGUGUGCGCGAACCAGACGCCUGCGAGCGGAGGAGGGACGGAGGACGCGAAGAGGAGAGAGAGAAAGAGGCGGUGGUUGUCACGUUUACUGAUGCGUCGUUUUUCUUUUGUUUUGCGUUUGUGAGUUCGUCAUAAAUUUCGGUAUAGUUUAUCAUGAAUGUUAACUGUAUUAUGAAAUGCAUUCAUAGCUAACAGGAAACUCACUAAUUAUAAUUGUUCCUCGCGUUUGGCGUUUAUGAAUACAACUUUCUUAUACAGACGAAGAUAUAUACUAAAUCUUGAUAACACCGAAAGAGAACUCCAACACUUGUAUUUCCUUUUAAUAGCUCUUUGCAAACCUUUAUACACAAACACAAACGCGUCUAAAUGAUGGGAAUUAUAACCUGAAGACCGCCGGCCCCUCCCUCCCUCCAGCACAGCCUAACCAUCGCCUUCAGCUGCCCCCUCACGCAAUGACCAGUGACUGAACGCGACUCUCAGCGCCUCGCGAAGCUCACGGGGGCCAGGGAGCGACAGGCGCGCUACUGACGGACGAGCCGACCCGGGGAGUUGUUUUUUGGCAAGUUUGUCGGAUGAAUCAACAUGGUGCCAUAAGGUAUAGACAAACUAACAGUCCUGAUUGACCCAGAACACGUGACAUCUCUAGAUAAAACACACACACACACACACACACACACACACACACACACACACACACACACACACAGGUGACGGCCGUAACUUACUCACCCACACGGGGCAUCACAAAUUGGAGAUGACGAAUUUUCUCAUUGAAUUUACUACCGUCUGGUGGCGACGCGGCUUAAGCCAGUUUAUCCCCGAGGAAGCGCGAGAAGAUGGACCUUUCUGCCGCCUCUACGGAAGGUCGAAAAACAUGAUUAUUUCCUCUUUUACGACCUGGUGUUCCAUGUCCCUGUCCUCGGUCAAUCGAAGUGCAAGGAACGGCUCUCCUUGCUUUCUGUGAUACGUGUGUAUAUUUUAUACUAACCAGUCAAAAUUCUCAUUAGAUAUAAAGAGAAUAACGUCAUUUUAUCUCAGAGGUGAAGUGUUCCACUCAUCUUCAGGAAUAGAAUAAAUUUAUGUCAAACAGAAAAGGUGGUUCGUUUGUUUU